GAUGCCGAAUUAAAAGCCCAGGAAGUGAAAAACCGCCUCUUUUCUUCAUCUCUUCUUCUCCCCUCUCUCUCCCUAUAAGAAACGGUGGUUCGCAGAGGGGAGGAGAAGAAAGGAAAGACAUCACCACCCCAACCGAAGACGAAGAGAUGGAGAGGAGCGUCCCGGUUGAGGAGCUGACGUCCGGUGCGAGUGGCCGCAUAAUCCCGGUGUUUAGGAAUAUUCGCCGGUCGGUGCCAUCGCCGAGGUCGGUUCUCCGGAUAUUUGUCUUCGUCCACGCUAUAUUUCUCUGGUUUCUCCUCGUCCUCCGCCGGAGCGGGCGGAGCCCGAUCUGCUCCAAGGUGGCGGCGUCGUCCUCCCCGCUGGCGUCGCCGCGGCGGAGAGGGGGAGGAGGGGGGCCGAGGAAGGGCUGGAGGGUGGCGAAGGCGGAGGAGGAGGACGUCCGGAGGCGGCGAGCGCUGGCGGAGGAGCUGUCGAUGGUGCACCCAUCGGACAAGGGGGACGGUGGUUGCAGGUGGGAGACGUUCGUGCUCCUGGGGUCCAGGAGUAACGCCCUCUUCUGCCGGUCGUGGGUUCCGGCGACCGGACGUAUGAGAGGUAUUUUGGUGAUUAUACAUGGUCUCAAUGAGCACAGUGGAAGAUAUGCACACUUUGCUAAGCAGCUAACAUCGUGCAAUUUUGGAGUCUAUGCAAUGGAUUGGAUAGGCCAUGGUGGCAGUGAUGGAUUGCAUGGAUAUGUGCCUUCAUUAGAUUAUGUUGUUGAGGACACUGGAAUUUUUGUGGAUAAAAUUAAAUUAGAAAAUCCUGGAGUACCUUGUUUUCUUUUUGGGCACUCUACUGGUGGGGCUGUAGUUUUAAAGGCAGCUUCAUAUCCUCGUAUUGAGUCCAUGUUAGAAGGGAUUAUUUUGACAUCUCCAGCACUUCGUGUAAAGCCAGCCCAUCCAAUAGUUGGGGCUGUGGCUCCAAUUUUUUCACUUUUGCUCCCCAAGUACCAAUUCAAAGGUGCUAACAAAAGGGGCAUUCCAGUGUCCAGGGACCCUGCUGCUAUGUUAGCCAAAUACUCCGACCCUUUGGUCUACACUGGGCCAAUUAGGGUUCGAACAGGCCAUGAGAUCCUACGGAUAUCUUCCUAUCUGUUGCAGAACCUCAAAUCAGUCACUAUCCCUUUCUUGGUGCUUCAUGGAACAGCGGAUAGGGUCACGGAUCCUUUGGCUUCACAGGAUCUAUACAAUGAGGCCGCUUCGGUGCACAAAGACAUAAAGCUCUAUGAGGGCUUCUUACACGACCUACUCUUUGAACCUGAACGUGAUGAGAUAGGUGCAUACAUCAUUGAGUGGAUGAAGAAGAGAUUACAGCAACAAAUCGCAGAACGAGGGUGACAUUCCUAGUUCGAAACAGACAAUCAGGCAAUGAAAGCCUGGUUGUGCAAAGCUAUAUCAACAGGGUUCGAUAUUUGUGAAAGUUAGAUAAUCAUCAUUUGUAUAUUUUUAGUUUAGCGAAUGGGUUCAUAAUUGCCAAAUAGCAAUGUGUUAUGGCGUGGCUCAACAAUGUGGCCUUCAAAACUGCAAACCUGUGUCCUGUCACACCACAAACUGUAGGCGAGAUGCUAUUUCCUAUAUCAAAGCACGCAGGAAAAGUCAUGUUUGGAAGGAUGUCAGCUACAAAUUUGUUUGGGGCAGCCCAUGGGCUACCACAGCCUACAUUCUGGCUGCACUAAAGUCUGGCAUCAUUUUAACAAA